CGACGAUACAACUAACCUUGCUCUUCCCAACAACAAAAAACUUUACAUAACGGGAACAAAUAAAAGAAUAGAAUCCAACCUGAUCAGCAUCACAAAAACUUAUUCUUCGUCCAUUCACAAACUCUGAGCUUCACAAUUCAUUCAUAACACAGGGCACCAUCUUGAUGAACCCGCGCUGAGCUCCCGCUACCCAAGCAGCUUCAAAGGCAGCUUCCAAGGCAACUUCCAAGGCAGCUUAAACCCGUGCUGAGCUCGCUCAGCGUUCGUCAGUAGCUAGAGUAAUCUCUCAGGGAAAACAUGGUACUUGGACUUUUCCUGCUCGUGGUCAUCUUUUUGGCCACUAUCUGCUUCCUCCUCCAGCAGCACUAUGCCUACUGGCGACGUCGAGGAGUACGAGAACUGCGACCCCACUGGAUAUUGGGCAACCUGGCGGGACUGCUGAGCAUGAGGGACAGUCCGGCGGAUUUUAUGGGACAGUUGUACAAUCAUCCGGAUGCACUAAAUCAGCCCUUUGUGGGCAUACACGUAUUCCACCGCCCGGCUCUGCUGCUGCGCGAUCCCGAUCUGAUCAAGCGGAUCCUGAUCAAGGACUUUGGCAAGUUUUCCAACAGAUACUCGAACUCCGACUACAAGGGAGAUCCGUUGGGAUCGCAAAACAUAUUCUUCCUGAAAAAUCCUGCCUGGAAGGAGGUGCGCUUCAAGCUGUCGCCCUUCUUUACCAGUAACAAGCUGAAGAGCAUGUUUCCCCUCAUCGUGGAGGUUGGCUCUAAUCUGGACGCCUAUCUGCGCGAGCAGCCGCUACACAACGAACGGACCCGCUGCUUCGACCUGGAAGCCAAGGAGCUGUGCGCCCUAUUUACCACGGACGUGAUUGCCUCGGUGGCCUACGGGGUCCAGGCCAAUAGCUUCACCCAGCCCAAUGGCGAGUUCCGCAGGCACGGCCGAGCCGUCUUCGAGUUUAGCCUGAAGCGGGCGGCGGAGUUUACGCUGGUCUUCUUCCUGCCGCAUCUGGUCCCGCUCUUUGGCUUCAAGGUGGUGCCUUCCGAGGCUACCCGGUUCCUGCGCAACACCAUCAACUAUGUAAUGGCUGAGCGCGAACGGUCCCAGCAGACGCGAAACGAUCUUAUCGACAUCCUCAUCGAGUUCCGACGCUCCACUCAACAGGCCAGGGCUGCCGGGGAUCACGGCCAGUUUGUGUUCGAGGGCGACAUCCUAGUGGCACAGGCGGUGCUCUUCUUUACCGCCGGCUUCGAGUCCUCCUCUUCCACGAUGGCCUUUGCCAUGUACGAGCUGGCCAAGGAUGCCGAUAUCCAACUGCGUGUGAGGCAUGAAAUCAAGGAGGCUUUGAUAGCCAGCGGUGGACAGGUGACCCUUCAGCUGAUAGAUUCCCUUGAGUACAUGCAAAUGGUCUUGCUAGAGGUUCUGCGCAUGUAUCCCCCGCUGCCGUUCCUCGACCGAGAGUGCACUGCCGAGGACGAGGAUUACUCCCUGACGCCGUAUCACGGGUUCCGAGUGCCAAAGGGAAUGCCCAUCUACAUACCCUGUUAUGCAUUGCACAUGGAUCCCCAGUACUUUCCACAGCCCCGGAAAUUCCAGCCGGAGCGCUUCUCCCCCACCAACCGAAAACUUCAGACUCCCUACACCUACAUGCCCUUUGGCCUGGGUCCGCAUGGCUGCAUCGGAGAGCGCUUUGGACUGCUACAGGCAAAGGUGGGGCUGGUAAAUCUCAUGCGCAACCACCAGGUAACCACAUCGGAGCGCACUCCGCGGCGCAUGAAACUUGAUCCUAAAGCUAUAAUACUGCAGGCCCAGGGCGGGAUACACUUGAGGCUCGUGCGCGAUCCUUUGGGUAUCUGAUAUAUAUAAAUAGUAUGUAUGACUCACCUAGUUUUUUUGGCUCCGGAGCAAUGCAGCCAACAGCACCUGAAUGAGAACUAAGUCCGAGAUUCGCGUGUUCUGCCAUUUAAAAUUGAACUGGGAAGCCGAGACUGUCACAUCUUGGAGUGCAUUUUGAUUGGGAAAUUGCGUGUCUAUCAGUGCAAUAAGAAACGCAUGCGGCUUGCCGGUUAAAUCGGAUGAGACUACACACAUACGAGUAUGUACACUCUCUCCACGCUAUAGAGAUAUCAAUUCAAUCUAUCCUCCCUCUCUAUAGGCUUUUUCAUUCACUUAUUCCCUUCUCUCAGCCUCAGCCGCCUCUAUUUUCGUACUACCUAAUACUCGCCUAAUCCCAUUAACAAUAUAGCGUUUCGAAAACGUUUAAAAGUGCAUUCAACUAAAUUUAGAUUAUAUUUAUUUAUUGGUGGCGCAGUUUUCCAUGUUUUCAAGUUCAACGCACAACCACACAAAGUGAGAGAUUAAAUGCAAUUUGAUAACUAUAUUAUAAUAAUUUUGUUUUUCUACUAAAGGCAACUAUUGGUCGCUUGUAUCCCACGUGCGCCAAUCAAUAGCACAACAUAACCAUCUAACAGUUGAUAUGAUUAUAUGAAUUAU